AUGUAUGUAUUGGUGAGGUAUCAAGACCAUGAUGCUCUCCAUUUUUGGUUCAGCGAAGAGAGUGUUCCGAAGAAAGAAUUGAAGAAUGUUGCACAUGGUAUCAAAUUGAUUAGAUGGGUUUCGCAUAGUCUCCAACCGGUGAUAGAGAGAUGGUUGUCUGAUUCUGGUCUAUCCUCUCUACAUAAAACCAUUUUUUCGAGGAUAAAUCAGAAUUUAAUAUUAGCAUUUGUCGAGAGGUUCCAUCCAGAAACAUCGUGUUUUAAUAUGUCAUUUGGCGAGAUGACCAUUACAUUAGAUGAUGUUUCUUGUCUUCUUCAUAUACGUUGUAUGGGAGAUUUCUAUAACCUUACAAACGAUUUCACUAAGUCUAAUGCUAUUACUAUGGAUACUGAUUUGUUGGGUGUUUUAUUGGAAGAGGAAGUUGGAGAGGUUCAUAGUUGUAGAGGUGCAUAUUAUAGGUUGGAUUGGUUGAAGGUGAUUUUUACGCGUCAACUAGCUGAGAGUACAUAUGACUGUGCAGCUAGAGCCUAUAUGCUAUUUGUAGCGGUAAAUUCAUGA